GGGUCUAGUAACAUGCUGUUUACUUUUAACUAUGAGAUAAUACUACCUAGUAAUUAUACUCCGUAUGUGUUGUUUCCAAUCAUCUACCACUUAUAUCGUACUGCUAUUACUAUUAUUAUACUUUUUGGACAGAAAACGUUGCACAUGAUUUGUUAUGUGCAUUAAAUCAUGGGCCUUACAGGUAACUCUCUAAUUUUUUAAACACAAGAUAAUCAACAAUCACGGCACAUUGGACGGCCAAACGAAUACUCAUCUUAUUUAAUGAUUACUAAUAAUAAAAACGACGACAACCCGUUUCUCCCGUUAGUUGAUUAGUAAUUAUUAGCUGUAUAAUUUUAUUUUUAAUCAUCGUAUAAUAAGUAGUACUACGUGGAAUAGGGUGUUAGGCAGAGAGAGGGGUUGAAAUGAGCACGAAAAAUGACGAUGGCGCAAACCUUAAAUUACGAGAGAAAUCACACAAACGGCGCUGUUUGUCAAUCUUUUCCUCUCCAUUUCCCCAUUUAUACGGCUUAUAAUAUACGUAUUGAAUGCGUGAAUGCGUAUACAACUUAUUCCUGGCAAGUAAUAAGUAAGUACUAUAUAUGAGCUUCACGAUUUCAACACCGAUUCGCGCUGCCUAACUGGACCCAGGUAAUUUCUUCUUCUUCUUCUUCCUGAUUUUUCACUGGUGAUUUGGUUUUGAUAGCUGUCGGUUAUUCAUUCAUGAUUUUUUGCUAUUUUUGGAGUGCUAUUGGGAAUGAACUGAAAUGAUUUACUGCUAUUUUUCUAGUAUAUGUGUGAGGAUCUGGAAUCGUUUCCUGAACCAGAUGAGCUUAUUGGGUUCUUCAUGUGGUUUCAUGAAACUAAUCUAGUUCAGCUUCUGUGGAUUGAUUUCAAGAUCAAAUAUCAGUUUUCUGGAUUGAAUUCAAUGAUCUGUGGCGGGGGGCUAUGUUUGACUGACUAGUUGGGUUUUCUUUGCAUAUGGUUGACUAGUAGUUUUCCGACACUGUCUUUCCCAUUUAAACCUAAUUUCGUUUCAGUAGAAUCUUUUCCAAUCACAGUAAUCUUUCUGCCGUAUAGAUCUCAAAAACCAUGUGAUGUUCAUGAAAGAUAAUGUGUAUGUACUCUGGUCAAGUUUUUUUUUUUUUCAUAUUCAAUUUUGUUUUUGCUUGUUUGAUCUGAAUCCUUAACAGCAGGGCCGAUCCCAACUAUUGUAACUUUCAGGAUAGUGCUAUAUCGUUUUUUUAUAAUUUAAUCUUUUUGAACUACAUGAAUGAAAUUUAAAAAAUAUAAUUAAGUCGGUGUAAAUGUGCAAUAUUCAAACCAUUUUUACAUAAUAGCGUAAAAUGACCAAAUAUAUCAUAAAAAUAAUAAAAAACAUGAAGUCAGUAUACAUGAAUGAAUAAACUUUAGCUAAUUAGUUGUGCUGAUAAAAGUAUAAACUUUUCAAAAUAAGUAGAAGUUAUUUUAGUAAUUGUAUGCUUAUUGAUGUUAUCCUAUUAUUCUAUUAAUUUAUGUUGUUAUAUAUUAUUUCAUUGAUUAGUAUUUAGGUUAUACAAAUUGCUUGUUUAAUACUACUAUCUUUUCAUUUUUUGUUUUUAAGGGGUAAUUAUUUUCCACCUCAGAACCAGCAGGAAAAUAACAGCAUAUAUGUCAAUUUUGUAACUCAUUUUCUUGAAAUCAGACCAAUAUAGUUAAAACUACAUUAAUUAGAAUUUAUUAUAAGUUUGGUUAAAAGUUUGGUAUCAUUAGGCUAUUUUGCUCUACUGCGUGUGCCAUAGUUCAAUUGCUGCUCCUAUAAGGUUUUUUUUUGAAAUAAAUAGUGUUAACUCUUAACCUUGAUUUAUCUUGGAACAACCGAGCAAAGCCACAUAAGAUCUUUUUCAGGAAAACAUGUAAUGUACGCACCUAAAUUAGAAUAAGAUACGCCCCCCCACAAAUUCAAUUUUUUUCUUUUGCCUGGGACAAUGACCUCAUGUUCCUCAAGAGUUGGCACGACCUUGCUAAUCAAGUCAAUGUGCAGUGUGUGUAUUUAUGUGAAAUUGGGCAUUAUACAAUUAUUCAUUCAUUUGAAUCUCACCUCAAACAUGUUUUCUUACAGAGCACCGAGACAUGGGGAUUUUGUAGAGAUUAAUAUAUUUGAAUGAGAGGCAAAAUGUCUUCCGCUGCCAAACAUGACAAGAAGGUGCUCGUUGAUACAGCAGCAUGGGCAUUUAACAUCGUUACUUCCGUUGGAAUCAUACUUGUCAAUAAAGCCCUCAUGGCUAAUUAUGGCUUCAGCUUUGCAUCAACAUUGACCGGACUUCACUUUGGCACCACUACAUUGAUGACGGUUAUCCUGAAGAGACUUGGGUAUAUACAGGAAUCCAGUCUUCCAUGGUCUGAGCGUCUAAGAUUUGUAUUAUUUGCCAACUUGUCAAUUGUUGGAAUGAAUGUGAGUUUGAUGUGGAACUCUGUAGGGUUCUAUCAGAUUGCAAAACUGAGCAUGAUACCUAUCUCGUGUUUAUUGGAAGUGGUGUUGGAUGGUGUGCGUUACUCGAGGGACACAAAGCUAAGCAUUUUGUUGGUUCUCCUUGGUGUUGCUAUAUGUACAGUUACAGAUGUGAGUGUAAAUGCAAAAGGUUUUAUUGCUGCCUUCAUUGCUAUUUGGAGCACUGCUUUGCAGCAGUAUUAUGUACACCAUCUUCAACAAAAGUACGCCCUGGGAUCUUUCAACUUAUUAGGGCAUACAGCGCCUCUGCAGGCUGCAUCUCUGCUGUUGUUGGGUCCCUUUGCAGACAAAUGGUUGACUGAUAAGAGUGUGGCGGCCUAUCACUACACUGUAACCUCAGUGUUAUUCAUUGCUUUCUCUUGUACAAUAGCAAUCGGGACCAAUCUCAGCCAAUUCAUAUGCAUCAGCAGAUUCACUGCAGUUUCAUUCCAAGUUCUCGGACACAUGAAGACCAUUCUUGUGUUGAUUUUAGGAUUCACCUUCUUUGGGAGAGAGGGUCUCAAUCUGCAUGUUGUAGUGGGAAUGGCUAUCGCAAUAGCAGGUAUGAUUUGGUAUGGUAAUGCAUCGUCAAAACCAAAGGAGCGGAUUCAACCAGCUGCCUCUCGCAUUGAGCCUGAACAAGAUGGCUUGUUGGGAUCCACUGAACUAGAUGAAAAAGUUUAGGGGUCAGAAUUAAGAAACCAAUGUUCAUUAGAUGAUCCAUUCUACAUGUCUACUGCAUAUGCCUUGUGUGAUAAAUAUACCCGACUGAGAGCUCUACCUUUGCUUUACCUAUACAUAUAUUUGUUUGUUGACGUUGUGCCUAAUUUGUGCAGCCAAUUUUUGAGAUUUUAUUAAUUCAAUUUAAAUAUCAAUACUGCUCAUUAAUAGUCCUUGUUUGGAAUGCACCUAUGAAGGCUCAAGUGCCCCAAGUUAUAAUCUCUUGUUCAACCAGUUGUGAUACGGUGAGAUUGGCCCAUGGUAAGUAUCAGAUUUUCAGACCUAAAAUGAUGUAGUUCAAAUUUAAGUUUGAGUUCUAAAAAACGCACAUGAACAGUGAAUAUGAUUAUGCUAUGUGAUGCAAAUCCUGUGAACCGAAAUGUAAUCCGCGUUAUUAUAAAUGUAAUCUGGGAUAAUGCUAAAUAUAAACUCUUCAACCUAAAAGAAGUUUGAAU